UGGCACCGCAUAUCCAACUCCGUCUGGUGGCAGGACUUUCCCCUCUGUCUGGUGUGUUUGCUUCUGGGUAUCUGCACUUCCACUGUCUCCACUCACCUUCAUCCCUCCGUCCCACCUCACCACUUUCCCUCCCCUCCAACAACCCCCCUUCCCCCCUCCCCACCACCACCCACCAGUGGCACCGCAUAUCCAACUCCGUCUGGUGGCAGGACUUUCCCCGCCGCCCCUCCCCUCUCUACUCCUCCCUCUUCUCCCCUCUCCCCACCAAACCCUCCCCCCAUUCCGCCUCCUCCUCCUCCGCUCCACCCCCCCUCGUCUCCGAUUUCGCAUCAGAGCUAGCUUCUUUCAUUGCACCGCUAGUGGCCCACAGCCCCUCCGAGGCCCACUGGGUGCUCUCGCUCGCCUCCUUUGACUUCUCCCGAGCCUCCGCCGUGCUUGUAGCCUCGGUGCCGGGCGUGCACCGCCGGCCUGUUUCUUUGCCGGACGUGUGCCGAGCCUCUGUGGGUGGAGCUGGGGGGAAGAUCGCUGGGAAGGGGACGAGGGAGUGUGGGAAGGCGACGGGGAGGGGGAGGCGAAGAGAAGAAGCAGCCGCAGCAGCAGAAGCAGAACAAAGGGGGGCGACUCUGCUAGGCUGUGUGCACACGCAAGUGGUGGGAGUGAAGCCUCGGUUUGGGCCGAGAGGAGAUCCCCACGGGACUCGCUUCAAGGGCCUCAUGGCUGCUCUGUGCGGGGAGGGCAGGGCGGGGCGGGCGAGGGGGGAGAGGCGUGUGGUGCUGAGGCGUGCCCUGGGGCUUGCUGCUGAUGGCAACGCUGUCGCUGUGAUGCUGGUGGGGCAGCGCACAGGGGGAGGGGGAGGGGGAAGGGGAAGGGAGGGAGGUGUGGAGGUGGGAGGCGGGAAGUGGGAAGGGAAGGCAGGGUUGCCAUGUGAAGGGCAGGCGAAGAGGAUGAAAGGAGGGGGCGUGGAGGAUGGGGUGGGAAAGGAGGUGAGAAAACGGGAUCAGAGAGGAGCGCAGGAGGAGGGAGGAGAGCAGGGCGAGGGGGAGAAGGAGGGAGAGGAGAAGGAGGGAGAGGAGGGGGAGGGAGAGGAGGGGGAGGAGGAGGAGGAGCUGGUGCAGGUGGGGUAUUUACCGCGCGGUGUGGCGCGGUGGGUGGCGCCUGUGAUGGACGCGGGUGUGUGUGCGGUGGAGGGGCGGGUAGCAGCAGAGGACGUGCAGGCUGCUGCCUCUGGCCACAUGGACUGGCUCGUGCCCAUUCGCCUGGUGCUCUGGCAGGGGCCCGCCUUCCCCGCUUCCCAGUACACACCUCCCUCCGCUCGCAGCAGUGGCGGCGGAACGCUGGAGAAGGCGGGGAGGGAGGGGGUAGAGAGGGGCAGAGAGGAGCUGGGCGUUUCAAGGACUCGGGAAGAGUGCAGUGGAGUGGAGUGCGGUGGGGCGGAGUCAAGUGAGCAUGCGCCAUGGGUGGGCGAUGGCGCCCUGCAGUGUGCUGUGGUGCGGCUGCUGGGGGCGCUGGAGCGACCCCGGGGGCUGUGGAGGCUGCAGGAGGUGAGUGUGGUGCAGGGCGGUAGUGUGCGGAGUAAUGCGAUGACGUGGGGUGGGGUGGGAUGGGUGGUUCUCUCGCGUGUCAAGUGGCCAAGCACCCCUCACUCGGACUUUCUAUAUGCCUCGUCGUCAGUGGGCGGGUCAGUGGAUGUCAAGUUCGUGGCGGCGUUUGCAGCAGCGGCGGGCAGGAGGGUGGGCACGGGGUGGACAGAGAGCAACAGCCAGGGCGACGGGGGCGAGGGGGAAGAGAGGCAGUCGUGCAGCAGCAGCAGCCAGGAGUCGGACCCUGGGGGGGCGAGGGGCGUUUGGAACGCCGUGAAUGGGAGUGGGAAUGGGUAUCGGAAAGGGAAUGGGAAUGGAAAUGGGAAUGGGAAUUGGUAUGGGAAUGGGAGUGGGAAUGGAAAUGGGAAUGGGAAUUGGUAUGGGAAUGGGAGUGGGAAUGGAAAUGGGAAUGGGAAUUGGUAUGGGAAUGGGAGUGGGAAUGGAAAUGGGAAUGGGAAUUGGUAUGGGAAUGGGAGUGGGAAUGGAAAUGGGAAUGGGAAUUGCUGUUAUGCCCACCCACCCCUUCUCUCACCCUCAUCUGUCCUGUCCCUUCCUGCCAUCUCGUUGCCAUCUCGUUGCCAUCUCUUUGCCAUCUCGUUGCCAUCUCGUUGCCAUCUCGUUGCCAUCUCGUUGCCAUCUCAUUGCCAUCUCGUUGCCAUCUCGUUGCCAUCUCGUUGCCAUCUCGUUGCCAUCUCGUUGCCAUCUCGUUGCCAUCUCAUUGCCAUCUCAUUGCCAUCUCAUUGCCAUCUCGUUGCCAUCUCGUUGCCAUCUCAUUGCCAUCUCAUUGCCAUCUCGUUGCCAUCUCGUUGCCAUCUCGUUGCCAUCUCGUUGCCAUCUCGUUGCCAUCUCGUUGCCAUCUCGUUGCCAUCUCAUUGCCAUCUCAUUGCCAUCUCGUUGCCAUCUCGUUGCCAUCUCGUUGCCAUCUCGUUGCCAUCUCGUUGCCAUCUCGUUGCCAUCUCAUUGCCAUCUCAUUGCCAUCUCAUUGCCAUCUCGUUGCCAUCUCGUUGCCAUCUCGUUGCCAUCUCGUUGCCAUCUCGUUGCCAUCCCGUUGCCAUCUCCGUGCCUCCCAUCCCUUCCCCUCCUUCCGAUCCCGCUCCCCCAUCUCCACCUCCCCCUUCUCUCUAUUUCCCCCUUCCCCUUCCACUCCCACAACCCUCAACCUUCCUCUCCCCUCCACUUCUCUUCCUCCCCUCCCCCCCCGCUCGUCUCUUCCUCACCCCACUCCCCUUUAGCCUUCCAUGCCCUCUCACCCUCUCCUCUUCACUCUCCUCCCUGCCAUCCCCCAGUGGAACGGCUGGGACUAUCCCAGCAGAAGGAAGCAGCAUCGCCAUCGCUGGGGCUGAUCUAUCCCACCAUGGCCACUGCCCUUGCUGCAAUGCCCUCUCAUCCCCGCCUCUUCACCUUCCCCACUCUCUCCUGCAGUGGAACGGCUGGGACGUGCAGAGGGAGGCAGCAUCGCCAUCGCUGGGCCUGGUGUAUCCCACCAUGGCCACUGCGCUUGCUGCCCGCGAGGGCCCUCAGGGCAGCCUCGGCGUGCUCUGCUUCUCCGAUCAGAGGGCAUCGGAGCGGUUGCUGCAAGCAGUGACGCUGCAUGACUGCGUGCCGCCGCUCACAGCAGCGCACCGAGCCGGUGUACCCAUGCACUGCAAGGUGUGUGCAUGCAGGGGGAGGGAGGAGGAGACAGGGGACUGGGGUCGCCAUUCGCAGAUUCAACCCCGGCCCGCCUCCCCCUCCCACCUUCCAUAUACAGCGGCUCGCACAGCUUCAGCCCUGCCCUGUCCUCCCCUCCCUCCCCCUCCCACCUUUCAGGUUGCCAUUCGCAGAUUCAACCCCGGCCCACCUCACUCCACCGCCACCUCCUCCUCCCCCACCCCGACCCCCACGACCGGGUGGGUGUACAGCGGGUCGCACAACUUCAGCCCAGCAGCGUGGGGUCGGCCAGUGCGCAAGCGGCACCUGUCAUGCGACCCGGCAGCAGCGGAGGACCUGGGCAUGGCGGCCGUGCUGGGGGACUGCCUGCACGUGCUCAACUUCGAGCUCGGUGUCGUGCUCGUGGAUGUGCCUUCUCGCUCCGGACAGCACACGCAGGGGCAGCGGGCAGGGCAGGGGCAGGGGCAGCGGGGGCAAGGGCAGGGGUUUGUGGGGUUGAGGGAGGGGAAGCUAGGGCGGAACGGGCUGCAGGGGGGGAGGGGACGGUGGGGAGGGCAAUGGGGGAGGCAACAGGGGCAAUUGGGCAGGUGGAAGAAUGGCAGUGCGAGUGGCAUUGGUGGCUCAGCAGCAGCAGCGACAGAUUUGUGGCGCGAAGAGCAGCAAGCACCGGGCGGCAGUGGCAGUGCGUGUGAGCGAGGCAUGGGCAUCGACAGGGUACACCUGCCGUUCCGUCUCCCUGCUCCCAGGUACUCACGCUCUGACGUCCCGGCAUCUGGGCGAGCACUCAAGGAGGCUGCUAUCGCUGCAGCGCUUGCAGCCGUUGCUGCGGCUGACAGUGAGAGUGGUGGCGAGGGCGAGAGUGUCCUUGCACAUGCUGCCGCAGUUGCUGCUGCUGCUGGUUGUGCUAGCAGCGGUGGCGGUAGCUGUGCUAUCGGCAGCCCGGUUAGUGUCGGUGGCAGUGGUGGUGUUGCUGCAGCUGCUGCUUCAGCAGAUGGUGCUGCAGCAAAUGCAGCGUCCAGGAAGGUAGCACGUGCUUCCCUGCCUGGCUCUCCUCUCUCCAACACACUCUCCUCCGCCUCACUCAAAUCCCUGCUGGGAGCGCUUUCCCCACUAGCAGCAGGUGCAACAGCAGGUGCAGCAGGAGCAGGAGCAGCGGCAGCACUAGGGGUGGCAGAGAGGAUGUUGCAAGUGGUGGAGGAGGUGGAUGAGGAGGAGGGGGGGGCGGUGGGAGUGGACGCUGAUGCACUGGCACGGGAUGCUCUCAGGAAUGAGACACACCUGCUCCUGCACGACUAUGCGAAGGGCAACGUGAUGGUUCGAGCGGUCGGCCAAGGCGGAUUCAACCUCAACUCUCCCGCGUGGGACAAAAUCGUCCGCGACCGGGCCGCGGGCAGCGUGGAGAUCGAUUACCGCAGCGUGGACUGCCCUAGCAGCCGCACCAUGGCGGUUCGAAUCGAGAACGACAGCAACGCGUACAACUUCGUGCUUCAGAUUCUCGGAGCAGCGAAGAGCGGAGGAGUGGAGAAGGUGGAAAUAUCCAAGGAUGGCCGGGACUGGAAGUCCAUGACGAACAACGGAUGGGGCGCAACGUGGGUGCUGAAUCCCGCCAAGGAUAUCGUGGAUGCAGGGCGCAAGGUGAGCGUGCGCGUGACGGCGGUGGGCGGCGGGCAGCAGGUGGUGCUGCAAGACGUGAUUCCGAGCAAGUGGAGCGGCGGGAAGAUCUACGAGAGCAGCACCAACUUCUAG